AUGCCAGCCAGGCCAGCCAGGACGCAGGCAUCGGUCACGGUGGUGGCAAGCUGCAUAUACACUGACAUGAAGACAUAUGAACACUUAUCAUUUUUUCCUGGUUUGAUUAGAAACGGUUCAAUACUAUUUGAUAAAAAAGGACGUGCGUCCUUCGAUAAAAUCCUGAAUGUAUCAGCAAAAAUAGUUUCUUGUAGACUUCACGCUAGCAACAACGUGGUCAGAAACUUUUCACAAGAGGUCUCGCAAUGUCUUGGAAGGUUGGACGACCAGCCUACAGGCCAGAUUCAAAAUCUUUUAACUUUCAUUAUGUUUGCAAGCACAAAUAAUGUCGCUCUGCAACGAGCUAACGUUGAAAAUGUUCAUGUUUAUGAGGCCAACUUGUACAUACUUUGA